AUGCGCAUGGACAUGGACAGGUUCGCACUCAGGGAAAAGGGAAUCAAGACGAUAAUACCCUGUCCUCAUACCGGUGUGGCCACGCCGCAAGAAGGAGAAAAGGAAAUACAAGCGCAACAAGAACAAAGACGACUGGUUCUGCUUUCCCUGCUCGCAGACUCAGACUCAGACUCUGACUCCGACUCCGACUCCAAGUGCGAUGCCGACGCGUCAUCGUCAAGGCAACCAGUGGACGACCCGACCCCGUCCUCAUUCUCGCAGUCGUGCAGCUCCGAUCACACCUCUUCCAAUCGACCACAAUCCUUCACGAAGCAGCAGAUGGACGCGCUUCACGAUUUCGUGCGCAGCACGCCCAAUGUGCGGCUGACGAAGCACAAGCUGGAGAUUACGUACGACUAUUGGUCCGCCGAUCAGGUGCUCGCAACGCUGUUGCCGCGAGAAUUACCAGAGGGCACUCCGACGGCAUUUACUGCUGUAGGACACAUCGGUGCGUCGAGAGUCUGUACACGGUGGUCUUUCAGGGCGGACAGUCAAUGGAGCGCUUUGCUUCUCCUGCGCGGUGCGAAUCGAUGCAGCAUUAUCUUGACAUGCUGAUUCGGAAAGAUGACUACUUUUUUUGGGCCAUGGGUACGCAGCGCAUUUGAAUCUGAGAGAGGAGUACCUGCCUUUUAGGUACAUCAUCGGACAAGCUAUUCUCGAUGUGAGUGAAUACAGGUACGAAGAGUCAAGGAGAGGCGACGCAUUGACAGAUGCGUCAGAUGCGUGGUCAAAGCCGAAGAGUCAAGAGCCCAUCCAUCGGUCGCUUUCGAUUUCGAUUUCGAUUGCUUGCUUUAUCGCGCUCAUCCCUUCCCUGCAUACCCUUUCCCCUCCCCUCGCCUCUCACUCUUCAGAAGAACAAUGGCAUCAGAACGGUGGUGAAUAAGCUGGAUACCAUUGAUACUCAGUUCAGAUUCUUUCAGAUGGAACUUAUUGCGGGGGAAGAGGACUACAUCGUCACAGCGGUGAGUCUUCUUACAGGCGUGCUUGAUACGGCCUCGCGCGACUCAAACGCACAAGACGUCCUCACCUUACAUUUGGCGCCCUCUGGCACUCCUUUGUUUGCUACGAUCCUCAUCGAAACUUUCUGUCAUUCUCGGCGCACUCUGCCACGCGCGCGUGCGUGCCAGACGGAACAAUCGUGCGAAUUCACCUUCGACUUUCGAACAGUGUACUGGAACUCUCGUCUGCAUUCGGAGCAUGCACGAAUUGUGGGAUUGAUGGAGCCUUGGGAAGUGCUCUGCGAUGUGAUGGCGGGCGUAGGACCUUUUUCGAUCCCAGCAGCCAAAAAGGGCGUGUACGUGCUGUGCAACGAUCUGAAUCCCGCUUCGUACGAAUCGCUAUGCGCCAAUGUCAAGAGGAACAGGGUCGAGGGGCAGGAGGGCAAGAGGAUCAGAGUGGAGAAUGUGGAUGGGAGAGAGUUUGUGAGGCAGAGUGUGGAGAGGCUUUGGAACGAAGCUUUUGAAGGCGCUCCGAUACGAGAGCAAGAUAGAAGGAUGUUGCUUCAGAGUCCAAAUGCUGCGGCAAAGGCUGCUAGGUCCGCUCGCAACGCCGCCGCCGCCGCCUCCGCCUCCUCCUCAGGCGCACAACAACCCUCCAACAAUGACAAUCGAGCAACAACACUUGGCAUGCCACGCUCCUCACCCCGACGAAUGGUAGAUCACUACGUGCUCAAUCUGCCCAGCAUCGCUUUGGAAUUCUUGGACGCGUUCAGAGGCGCUUGGAUAGGCUUGAGAAGACGUAUCGGACAAGAGGAGCUUCAAAGGUAUUUGGACCAGAAAGAAGGCGAGGCAGGCGGCAGGAGAUUGCCCAGGGUCCAUGUGCAUUGUUUCACCAAGGAUCUGCAAAGACCUUUUGAGGAUAUCGUGAUGGUGAGUUGCGGGUUAGGAACAUCGUUGACCAUUCUUGAUGGGGGGCUGUGCAUGAAGCCAAGGAGAAGGGGCUACGCACUUGAUUGGUCCGACGAUCAUCACUCGAGCAUGCUACCAGAACUUGCCUUGCUCACACUCUUCCCCGCCCUUCCUCUCCUUCUCUCUCUCUCGUUUCCGUUUUCCUUCUCCUCGCCCUCUUUCAAACGCCCCCCAACUUUCGCUUUUGGUGAAUAUCGUCAUCCUCUCUCACAUUCCGCGGACAGCGCGCCAAUGAUGCCCUGGGUCUCGAGGAUCAUCAUCGUCUAAUUGCUCCGCCUGAUCCUUCGCCCGACGCGCGUCGUUCUACAACCAAUCGUUCCACUACAGACAUUGACGCAACCCCGUCCAAAGCUCAGCUGCAGCACUUCUCAGCACAGCCGACAAAGCUGGAGGAGACGAAAAGGCAAAAUGAAGCUACGGCUAGGGCUACGCCAGGCUUGUCUCUACACUUUGUUAGGAGCGUAGCGCCCAACAAGGACAUGUACUGCUUGUCUUUUGACCUGACAGAACACAUCCUGCUAGAUGAUCCAUAA